AUGAAUCGACAGGAACAAGAGUAUAAACAAUUGUUGCAUAAUUUCGAAUGGGAAUAUAAGAAUAAAAGAGGUGCUGAAAUCUCACUCUCUCAGGAUAAAGUAUAUUUAGUAGAUGACUUAAGGGCUGUCCAAGAUAAAGAAAACUUUUCUAAUAAAACCCGGAUGAAAUGGAAGCAAAAAAAAUAUAUUCCUUGGCCUCUUAUACUCGAAGAAAUUAUAGAAGCCUUAAAAGAAGAAAAUGAUCACAAGUAUAAAGAUAUUGAAGAAUUAUCUGAUAUGAAACAAAAAGAUGUGGUGAUGGAUGAAUUUAUUAAAUGGCUAAAAGAUGACCAGAAAGAAAUCUCUAAGCCACAAGAUAUUAAUAUUAGCACAGAAGGAAUUGGUGUUGAAAAAGAUGAACAGGCAAUAAAUAUAGACAUGCCAAUAUAUAUUCUUGUCUUCCUUUUUACUAAAUUAACUUCUAGAAGAUGCCAGAAAUUGGUCUUUGUGAGAAAAACCCAGUGCUUCAAAAAUGAGUUCUUCCUCUAUAACUAUUCUACCCUAAAUGACCAUAUAGCAGCCCAGGAGCUCAAUUUAAAGGAGGCCGUAUAUUGGGUAUAUUUUUGUGGCUAUCCUUUAAUUGCUAAUGACACAAAUAAAUUAGUGAUUUUGCAAAAUCAGAUGCAAGAUAAAGUCCAACAAAGUGAAGCCCAGCAAUUAAUGACUUUACAAACUGGUAUCAACUUUGGGUGUAAACAAAAACUUGUAAAUGAUAAUGGUGUUCUUAUAGUACCUGUGGAAAUUGAGCUGGAUUAG